AUGAAGGAUAUUCAGUCUGAGCAAAGACAUCUGAGAAUCCAUACUGGAGAGAAACCGUUUUCAUGUGUACAGUGCUCAAAGACAUUUUUAGCCUUUUCAGAUUUAAAGAAGCAUCUAAGAACCCAUACUGAAAACUUAAAAAGACACCUGACAAUCCAUAGUGGCGGCGAAAAACAGUAUUCCUGUGUACAAUGCUCAAAGGCAUUUUCCAGUGCUUCAGAUUUAAAGAAGCAUCUCAGAACCCAUACUGGCGAGAAACCGUAUUCAUGUGAACAUUGUUCAAAGGCGUUUUCCCAUCUGCAAAGAUUAAAAUCUCAUCUGAGAACCCAUUCUGGCGAGAAACCGUAUUCAUGUGAACAUUGUUCAAGGGCAUUUACCAACGCUUCAGAUUUAAAGAAACAUCUGAGAACCCAUACUGGCGAGAAACCGUAUUCAUGUCUAGGUUGUUCAAGGGCAUUUUCCAGUGCUUCAGAUUUAAAGAAACAUCUGAGAACACAUACUGGCGAGAAACCGUAUUCAUGUGAACAUUGUUCAAAGGCUUUUUCACACAUUUUUAACCUAAAAUCACAUCUGAGAACCCACUCUGGCGAGAAACCAUAUUCAUGUGAACAUUGCUCAAAGGCUUUUUCCCACGUUUCUAGCCUAAAAUCACAUCUGAGAAUUCAUUCUGGUGAGAAACCGUAUUCAUGUGAACACUGUUCAAAGGCAUUUUCUCAACAUUUUGGUCUAAAAUCACAUCUGAUAACCCAUUCUGGCGAGAAACCGUAUUCAUGUGAACAUUGUUCAAGGGCAUUUUCCCACCUUUGUAGCCUAAAAGCACAUCUGAGAACCCAUACUGGCGAGAAACCGUAUUCGUGUGAAUAUUGUUCAAGGACAUUUUCCAGUGCUUCAGAUUUAAGGAAGCAUCUGAGAACCCAUACUGGCGAGAAACCGUAUUCAUGUGAACAUUGUUCAAGAUCGUUUUCCCACCAUUGUAGCCUAAAAUCACAUCUGAGAACCCAUACUGGCGAGAAACCGUAUUCGUGUGAAUAUUGUUCAAGGGCAUUUUCCAGUGCUUCAGAUUUAAGGAAGCAUCUGAGAACCCAUUCUGGCGAGAAACCGUAUUCAUGUGAACAUUGUUCAAAGGCAUUUCCCAGUGCUUCAGAUUUAAAAAAGCAUCUGAGAACCCAUACUGGCGAGAAACCGUAUUCAUGUGAACAUUGUUUAAAGGCAUUUACCAACGCUUCAGAUUUAAAGAUACAUCUAAGAACCCAUACCGGCGAGAAACCGUAUUCGUGUGAAUAUUGUUCAAGGGCAUUUUCCAGUGCUUCAGAUUUAAAGAAGCAUCUGAGAACCCAUACUGGCGAGAAACCGUAUUCAUGUGAACAUUGUUUAAGGGCAUUUACCAACGCUUCAGAUUUAAAGAUACAUCUAAGAACCCAUACCGGCGAGAAACCGUAUUCAUGUGAACAUUGUUCAAUGAAAUUUUCUCAACUAGGAAACCUGAAAGUGCACUUGAGAACCCAUAGUGGCGGAAAGCCUUUUUCCUGAGAAGAAAGGAGUUUUCUCAAUUUGCACACCUGAAAGAGCAUUUGAGAACCCACAUUGACUUUAAAAAAAAUAAACAAACAAAUAAAUACUAUGGCCGUUAUAACAAAAU